AUGCCUACUAUUGAACUUAACUGUCUUGUUCACGGCGAUACCCCAGACAUUACUAAUAUUUUUUCUGUUGAAUUGGAUUCUGAAACGACUGUCAACAUGCUUAAAAUGAUUCUUAAAGAGAAGAUUGAAAAAAUGAAACAAUAUCUUGCUUUUGUUGAUAAUGUAAAUCUUAAAUUGUGGAAAGUUAAUAAACCAAUUGAAAA